UAAUUCAGCUCGCAAAGCAGCCGUGAAAAAUGUACACCAGGAGCAGGCAAAGUCAGGGCUACGUGAACGCCAGGGGUAACAUGAACAGUUCCGGAGGGGCGCCGUUUCAAUCGUCGAAUUCAGCCCCAGUAGCUAUACAACUGUACCGAGGAGGUGCGUUCCGCCAGGGGCAAGUUCGCCAGUUGCCCUCAUAGCACGGCCUGUCGUAGAUCGUUGCCUUGGUAAUUCGUGCUGAGCUCGUGCCUAAGCAAGUCCGAUGGAGACGCUGCUGCGACACGGUGUACCUGGUUCCUCUCCACGACCAGUACAUGAACAUAAUCUCUUAACGAGGUUAGAUUCACUUAUGUUAAAUCCAAAAAAAUUUUCUUCCAAAAUGAAUAAGGAUUCUGUCAGAGGUUUAACUAUAAAUGACGCUCAUGGAGUUCUUGAAUUCAGUUAGAGUGUUACAAGAUAUAAAAUUUAAUUUGGCGAUAGGCUUGAGGUCAGAGCUAGGCACGUGUCGUAGCAGCGCAGGGAGGCUGCGAUGGAAGAUACCACCUUGAGGCGUGUCGACGAACGAUCUGACUCGAUUUACGAGUUAAGAGACGUCGGCCACUGUCGAAGGGAACUUGGCCGGUGCUAGCUAUGAUGGCAGCGUUAGGCUGCUCGACACUGCAUAUGCGACGCUGGGCCCUGGUGGUAUAGCACAGCCGUAGAGGUUCCUUGUGUAGCGGCGACCCACCCUCUGAAUUGCAGUUCGGCCCCCAAGGGAAUUACCAAAACUCACCGGGUCAGCAGCAACAGCAGUCCGGUUAUCAGAAGCCACCGAUACAACCGCAAACCCCCUUCAAGCCACAGUCACCGAUGCCACAGCAGGGCAUUGCUAAUCGAUCCAUGCAACAGAUGAACCUUCAACAGCCUCCGCAGCAACAGCAACAGCAGCAGCAGCAGCCGCCGCCACAAAUUAAGCAGCAGCCACCCACCACUCCACAGCCACAACGACUGAAGCCGAUACUGAAGCAAAGCACUCCGGUGACUGGAACAGGUCCUGCUGUAACCACUCCACCUGCCCCAACACCUGUUCCACCAGUUCCUGCUCCGACACCUGUAGUUCAAGAGGAGAAAAUCGAUGGACAGGCCAACGAUAGCAUGGAAGUCGAGAGCCAGGAAGGAAACCUCCCUAGAUGGAAGCGAUCCAAAAUUCCAGGCUUCAAGGUCAACAGGAAGCUGAAGCGACUGCGUAUGAACCAGCGACUGAGGAAAACCUUGCAACCAAAGAAUGCUAUAAUGGUCUUGAACGAAAUGAAGACCGGCGUCCAGUUUACGUUCCCAGAGACACAAUCGUCUCUUCAGAAUUCACUGUUUCUGGUCCAUGCUGAGAUCGAUGGAAAGACCUACAUUGGACAAGGCCUGUCAAAGCCUCUGGCUCGUCAGAAUGCUGCGGAGAAUGCUCUUAAGUGCUUGCUUUUGGAAAAAAUGACUACGGCUGCCAUGAAGGCAAGAAUAGAUGCAGAGUCAGAUGGCCAGUCCAAUCAAGUCAGUGAGACCACUGAAACUCCGAUGAAGGAGGAGAAUCAAUCAGAGGUCACUCCGAUGGCCACCGACGUAGCCGUGGACGAGACCGAGGAGAUACCCUGGAGCUCGCUGGCGAGUUUUGCCCUGUACAAACUCUUCCUCGAGUGGCAAAACCAGGGAACCGUCGUGCCGGUGCCCAGACCAGGAGUCGUGCCUGGAAAAGUUAAGAAGGAACAAAAGGCCGUCGUUCAGAAAGAACUCCCAGCCAACGCCACCAGUAUACAUCCAGUCAUGUUGCUUAACCAGAUGAGACCCGGCUUGACUUACGUCGAAGUCAAUCGCACCGGUAAUCCACCGAAUAUCAUGUUCACUCUGUCGGUCGAGAUCGACGGCGUCGAGUAUUCAGGCUCAGCCAAGAACAAAAAGGACGCGAAGAAGAUUGCGGCGAAGGCGGCUCUACAAGCGCUCUACGAUUUAACCUAUCCCGAGGAAAUCAAGGUGGAAUCUGCUGAGGAGGUUCAGGCGUCUUAAGCGUGGGGCGUCCCGAAGAAAACCGAGGUUUUCUUUCCUCCUUUUUUUUCCUCUCUCUCUUUCUAUUCUAAUUACUAAGAGACUUCGAAUUCAAUGUCAUAUCCGGCAGUCAACGUAAACCGCGACCGUUGCGUUCCCCCCCCUUUUUUCCCCUUUUCUUUUCUUUCACGUUACUUAUCAAUUUCACUGCGAUGCAAUUCGAUAAUGGGCUAUCGCGACGCCUGGCGAUUUAAUGGCUCUAUUAUGUCGUUAAGUCGAGGUAGUAUUUAUUCCUUAAUCGCAUGUCCCCAAUCAUUACCUCCCGCCGGUCUUAUAUAACAGAUGUAUAUCGAACCGACGUCGUUCGUUUCGUUUUACUUACCCGCGAAAUUUUUACUUAUAUCGUGCCAGAUCAUAUUUGAUCGUAAAUAGAUUUCGAUUAUAAUUCGGUACGUCACGAGACGUAACCCCCCGACAAUUGUAUAUUAUCCGACGAAUAAUCAGGGCAGUGAUUGAGCGAGAGUCGACGACGUUUUAAGGCAGAAUAUACGCUCAUUGUACACCGUUUUUUUUUUCUUUUUUUUUUUUUUUUCUUGACCGUUGAGUAUUUCAACCCAUUCCCGACGCGAGACUCAGGGUGCACUUCGUGUUUAUUGCAGCCCAGUUAAAUAAUUGUGAUGUCACUAUUAUAUACCGACCUCGAGUUUAAUUCUAUAUUGCGAGGCAAUAAAUUAGUUGAAGAAGA